AUGAGACGUCUGUGCGCUCUGAUUGGUCAUGAGUGUCACUCCAGGCUGCAGACAUUGGCAAGAUGCACGGCUGGCACAGAUGAAGCUUGUCCCUGGCUGUGCACUUGCGUCCACAUGAGUGUUUCCAAAGCCCCUCAUCCCCCCACCUCCCACCUGACCCUGCCCCCCUCUUCCUCUUCAUCGUCGGCACCUUCCUCCUCCGCGACCUCCCCGUCCGUGGCCGCUCCUCCGCCCUCGCCCGUCAAAAUCUCUAUGCAGGAGCACUUUGCCAUCAACGUAUGUCCGGGGCCUAUCCUCCCCAUCCCGCAGAUCUCCGACUUCUUCCCCCGAUUCCACGACUACCCCUGCACUCCCCCACCGCCCCGAGAAAAGAAGAUCCUGAAGGAGGAGACUUUCAACGGUGUGACAGGAGGGUUCAAGGAUGGAGAGAGGAGAGCUGAGAACGAAGGCGACAAGGAGGAAGUAGUCGACUCUGAUGAUGAAGACACCUACUUGGGAACUUUGGAGUUCAACCUACACUUUGAUCAAGACAACAACUGUCUACACUGUACAAUUCACAAAGCAAAGGGACUGAAAGCCAUGGAUUCCAAUGGUUUGGCCGAUCCAUACGUCAAGCUUCAUCUUCUCCCAGGGGCUAGCAAGGCAAACAAGCUUCGAACAAAAACCUUGAAGAACACUUUGAACCCAGUCUGGAAUGAGACGCUGGUGUACCAUGGCAUCACUGCGGCGGACAUGACCACCAAAACACUCAGGUAG